UCACUCUAGGGCUCAAGUGCUUUUAUGCGUUGUACAGUACCCAUUCUGCCCCGCCAGAAACUGGAACCUCAACUUACAUCCAUACCUAAAUUAUCUAAUUAUUUCUUAUUGCGCAAUCUACAUUCCAGCAUUUCAACUGAAACAACAUAAACAAACCAUAACAACAUUCAUCAAGUCUGUCAUAUCUGUCAUAUCUCACAAGAUAGCCAGCCACCAUGACGGUCGCAACAGACAUACAAUUUCCAUGCGUGCUGACUCUCGAGGUGCCAUUUCCAACACCUAGACUUGCCUCCGUUGCUCUUAAUGCAUUGCAAGUGGACAAGGAGUUAUCUCCAUUGGUGAAGCGAACCUUCUCCAUCAACCCUAUGACUAAGAGUGCCACCAAUGGAGAUGUAGGAGGAAACAUCCUACGGACCGAGUACAAAGCUACCACUAACAGGAUGCUUCGAGUCGCUGUCAACUCGUUCAUGGACAGCCUACAGCUAGUUCUUGAAGUCAUGCAAGAACUCGACACGGAUGUAUUAGCUACGAAUAAUACUGCAGUAUAAGUAAAAAGCAUGCAAAGCUAAACAGACUCCUCCUCGUGGCACGGGUACAGACAUGUCACGUCAUAGUUUAUUAAGAAAUGUGAUCCUAAUAGAUACCCCUUGAAGACUCAGACACGACAGAAAAAUGUUUAUUGCUAUAUUCUAAAUAAUAUGUGAUUGCGUUUUU